AUGGGGCCUCUGGAGACCAUGGCUGCCCCUCCCAUCGUUCACCACAAGCCCUUCGUGGUGGUGUGGAACAUGCCCACGUCCAGGUGCCAGUCCAAGUUUGGGGUCACCUUUGACCUGGCCAUGUUUGACAUAGUCGAGAACCAGCAGGAGAGUUUCCAGGGCCAGAACAUGACCAUCUUCUACCGGGACAGCAUGGGCCAGUACCCUUACAUCACCCCUGAAGGGGAGCUCACGAAUGGGGGCGUUCCUCAGGAGGCUCCCAUAGAGAAGCACCUGAGCACAGCCAAGCUGGAGAUGGAGGAACUGCUGCGGGAGGACUUCAGCGGGCUGGCCGUCAUCGACUGGGAGGAGUGGCGGCCGCUGUGGGCGAGGAACUGGGGCUCCAUGAGGAAGUACCGGCGGGUUUCUGAGGCGCUGGUGAGGCUGCGACACCCAGAGCUGCCCGAGAAGAAGGUCCGAGAGACGGCCAAGAUGGAAUUCGAGAUGGGAGCCAGGGAGCUGAUGUCUAGGACGCUGCAGCUGGGCAGUCAGCUCAGGCCCUCGGGCAUGUGGGGUUACUACAAGUUUCCCGACUGCUACAACUACAACUGGAAGAAGGUUGUGAACUACACGGGGCGCUGCCACCCCAAGGACCCCGAGAGAAAUGACCGCCUGGCCUGGCUGUGGCGGGGAUCCACAGCUCUGUACCCCAGCAUCUACCUGAACCGACCGCUGGCCUCUUCGGAGAAGGGGGCCCUCUACGUACGCUACCGAGUGCUGGAAGCCAUGAGGGUGGCGACGUCGUUCACUUCUGCCAGCGGAUCCCUCCCCGUCCUGCCCUACGCCAGAGUGGCCUUCACGCAUUCACUGAAGUACCUGAGCCAGCUGGACCUGGAGCACACGAUCGGGGAGAGUGCUUCUCUGGGGGCAGCGGGGGUGGUUCUGUGGGGAGACCUCAGCUUUGCCCGCACACAGCAUACCUGUGAGGAGCUGCAGCAGUAUGUUAGCGGGGUGCUGGGGCGCUAUGUGGUGAACGUGACCACGGCAGCGCAGCAGUGCAGCGCAAGGCUGUGCAGUGGAAACGGCCGCUGUGCCCGCGGGGACCAGAACUCGGACGCCCGGUUCCACCUCAGCCCCUACAGCUUCCAGAUCAUGCCCCCUCCCUCGCCAAGCAGGGGAGCUCCGAGCGCGAGGGGGGAGCUGAGCGAGAGAGACCUCCGGCAGCUGCAGGACUCCUUUAGGUGUGUGUGCUACCGGGGCUGGAGCGGGCUGCGCUGCCAGAACCAGAUCCUGUAGAAUGAACACUGCCAUUGGAAGGGAAUGGGCAGACCCUCUCUGAGCAGGAUUGCAGUUCCACAGCAUGGUGCAGGUUCACAGUGCCACCCGGGCAGGGCUGCUUUGCCCUGGACGCUCGCAGAAUGACUCUGUUUCCAGGCUGCAAU